CGCCCCGCGGCGGGGCGGGGGCGGGGGAGGGCUGCGCGCAGGCGCGCGGCGCGGCGGAAGAUGGCGGCGCCCGCGGGCGGCGCGGAGGCGGCGGGCCCGGCGCUGGGGCGGCUGGAGGAGGAGGCGCGGCGUCGCCAGGAGCGGCUGCGGGCCCUGCGGCAGCGCACGCUACAGAAUAAGGAUGGUGGCGAACGUGAGAAGAAGCAGUUCAGAGAAGAUGAGGAAGAGGAGACCGUCAGGCACAAGGAGCUCAGACUGCGAAACUACGAUCCCGAAGACGAGGAGCUGAAGAAGAGGAAGGUGCCCCAAGCCAAGCCGGCCUCAGUGGAAGACAAGGUGAAGGACCAGCUGGAGGCUGCCAAGCCGGAGCCCAUCAUCGAUGAGGUGGACCUGGCAAACCUGGCCCCCAGGAAGCCAGACUGGGAUUUAAAGCGAGAUGUAGCCAAGAAGCUGGAAAAGCUGGAGAAGAGGACACAGAGAGCCAUUGCUGAAUUGAUACGAGAGAGGUUGAAGGGCCAAGAAGAGGAGCUGGCGUCAGCAGUCGAGUCAGCAAAGCAGGAUGGAAGCGACUCCGACUGAGGAGCUCCGUCCGGUGGCCUCAGGCACGGGCUCUGCCAAGGGCUCUGUGGGUCGGCCUUUGCCAGCAACGCCAAACCCCUGCUCGCAGGUAGAGAGGCACCUCUCGUCGGGACACGCUGCUGCUGAACGCUUUGCCAGAAGCCCAGGGAGCCCUGAUGUGCCUGAAGGAGAGGGACAGAUACAAGGAGCUCUGAGAUCUUGGCUGGCUUUUGAGGAGCAUUUCACAGUUACCUUCUCGGGACCAGUUGCAGUGCCAGCGGGGGUUGAUGGGAGCAGGGCAGACACCCACGUUAGCUUGAACCUAGACUGCCAGGACUCUGAGCAAGGAAGGUAUAAGCAAAAGGGCUAGUGCCAGACAAGACGCCGACGUCCCAGGCCGACCUUUGAAACCAACCCUUUGCUAGAGUUAUCUAAGGUUACUAGAUCCAGGCUAGCUCUCCUCUGAUUUGCUGGAUAAGCAAGACGUGACCGUACAGCCUAGAGCAGCCCUUAAAGAGGCACUGCCCUUUCCCAGGGACUGACAGCCCUGUUCCUGCGCGGAGAGAUCCCUGUCUUGGGGUGAUGCUCUCUGCAGAACAGCUGGCCUAACUGGCACAACCGACAUCUCUCGCCUUUGUGAGUACUCGGGAACCUCUUGUUCACGGUCAGACCAGCACGUACAGAGCAACUGUACUGGAAAUGACCGUACAGCUCAGGACCUGUUGUCAUUCUGCAUCGGGAAGAGGGCUGCCAUGAUCCAGCCGAGAGGUUCACGUGCGGUUUGUUCUGUUCCCUCAAGUCACCAGAUCCUUCAGGCUGUGCAGCGUGUGCCACCCCUCCGUGUUUUAUAAUUGACAAAGCUUGGUUGUAAGAAUUAUUUUCAUAAUAAAAUGGUCCCGCAGCGGUAGAAACCAUCA